CAGGUGAUCUGUUGACGUGGCCAGUCUCUGGUCAGACGCAGCCUCCAUCCCCAGACCCCAGCCGCCGCCGCCCCUCUCCUCUCCGGUGAAGUUGGGUUGCUUCGUCAUCGUCCAACCACACCAUCCCAAAGCCGCCGCUCGGCUGCCGCCGCCAUUACGUCACUACUGGAACUUCCUUCCAGGCAACCCACCACCCGCCACCGCACCUGCCCAUAAAACCCGGCCACAUCCAUCAAGCAGCAACAGCAACUACCAGUUUGGAACUACCAUCCCCCGAUCUCUCCCGGUCGGAUGCUCACUCGUCUUCCCCACCACUCGUCGCCCCUUGUCUUCCCCUGCCGCCUCUCCGCCGCCGCCGCCGCCCGGACGCUCUCCACCGCCACCGGCAGCAACUCCACCACCGUCAAGAUGGCUCGGUCGGCGCUCGACGAGGUCACCGACGCCGGCGCCUUCGACCGGUCGCCGUCCACCUUCCGGAGCUCUAUCUCCAGGGACAGCUCCGCCCGGUUCCCCGCCGUGCCGGGGAGGUACCACCUCUACGUCUCCUACGCGUGCCCCUGGGCGUCACGCUGCCUCGCCUACCUCAAGCUCAAGGGCCUCGACCACGCCAUCGGCUUCACCUCUGUGAAGCCCAUCUUUGAGAGGACCAGGGAGACGGACGACCAUCUUGGGUGGGUUUUUCCGGCCACCGGAGACGAAGAGCCCGGCGCAGACCCGGAUCCUUUCAACGGAGCCAAGACCAUCAGGGAGCUAUAUGAGAUUGCCAGCCCAAAUUACAUCGGGAAACCAACUGUUCCGGUUCUGUGGGACAAGCAGCUCAAGACUGUGGUGAACAAUGAGAGCUCAGAGAUCAUCCGAAUGCUCAACACUGAGUUCAACGAGAUCGCAAAGAAUCCUGACCUGGAUCUCUAUCCUGCUCAUUUGCAAACCUCCGUCAAUGAGAUCAAUGAGUUGGUAUACGAUGCGAUAAACAACGGCGUGUACAAAUGUGGCUUUGCCAAGAAACAGGGGCCAUAUGAUGAGGCUGUCACGAGAUUAUAUGAGGCUCUGGACAAAUGUGAGGAAAUUCUAAGCAGGCAACGUUAUAUAUGUGGCAACCAGUUGACAGAGGCUGAUGUUCGCUUGUUUGUAACUCUUAUAAGAUUUGAUGAGGUUUAUGCUGUCCACUUCAAAUGCAACAAAAGGCUCCUCAGGGAAUACCCCAAUCUGUUCAAUUACACCAAGGACAUCUACCAGAUUCCUGGCAUCAGCAGCACGGUUAACAUGGAGCACAUAAGAAAGCACUACUAUGGAAGCCAUCCGUCCAUAAAUCCCUACGGGAUCAUCCCUGCAGGCCCUAACAUCGAUUACAACGCUCCACACGACAGAGAGAGGUUUAGUGCCUAGGAGAAGAUAAGUAGUACUCCCUCCGUUUCACAAUGUAAGUCAUUCUAGCAUUUCUCAUGAACGUGAGAAAUGCUAGAAUGACCUGUAAAACGGAGGAAGUAUCUCUUAUGGUACUUUCUGUAUUGAGUCACUAUGCUUCGUUGCUAUGGUAUCGAGGCUGUGGCUAAUAAUGCUUGGAGGGUUGGUUUGUGUUUUGGUUGUUGUAUUGUAAUACAGGGAUUGGAAAAAAAAAAGUUACCGAUAGAGAAUAAGAAGUAUCACUCGACCAAACAGAGACAAGCAAAAGUUAUGUGGUAAUAAAUAACAAAAAGUUUUUGGUUCCAA